GGGCUUCGGUCCGGAGGCCGCCCGCCCUCUCGGAGCCCCGGGACUGCGGGGGGUCAGCUGGGGGCGGGGAGCGCCGCGACGGCCACGAGCCCGGGAACCUGCGCGCGCCCGCGCGCGGGUGGCAGGCCCGGGGCCCCGCUCCCCCGCCUCCCCCGCCGAGCUCCGCGGUGGUCUGCGCCGGCAGCGCGCGAGGCUUGAAGCGCCCGACCGGGCGCGCAGUCCCUCAGGCGGCUUCCCGUCGGCGCCGCGCCAUGGACGCUCGGCGAGCGGAGGUCCGCGCUUUGGAAGCCGAGAUCGCGGCCCUGCGGCGCGCGUGCGAGGAGCCGCGGGCGCCGGGGGAAGACACCUCGCGAGCGCGAAAAUCCCUUCAAGAAGUACAUCAAUCAGAUUCUGGAGAAUGGGCCGCUUCAAAAGAUCUGAGAGGUCAUCUUGGACAUUUAGAAUCAGAACUUCUUUUUCUAAGCACACUUACUGGCAUCAAUAUAAUAAAUUACUCCAUGAAAACGGAGGAUCUAACAAGCACUGAGAAUACAGAAAAGAGUAUAAAGAAAGUUCUGCAGAGACACAGGUUAUCAGGAAAUUGCCACAUGAUUACAUUUCAACUUGAAUUUCAGAUUCUGGAAAUCCAGAAUAAGGAGAGUUUAUCUUCUGUUAUUACUGACCUCAACAUAAUAAUGGAGCCCACCGAAUAUUCAGAAUUAAGUGAAUUUGUGUCUAGAGCAGAAGAUAGAAGAGAUCUAUUGAUGUUUUUCCGAAGCCUACACUUUUUUGUGGAGUGGUGUGAAUAUCGUAAGUGCACAUUUGAACACUUCAAGGAGAAGUACUCAGAAGCUGUGCGCCUCCCGGAGGGGGCCGCCUCCAGCUGCAUGGUGGUCCAGAGCCCCCGCCAGCCCGGGUUUCUCAGACUUGCCUUGGCGGCUCCUCGACCUUUCCAAAAUUGGCUACUGGUGAUGCGUGUAGCUGCAGGCAGUUCAUUCCUUUUCGGUGGUUCUGUUCCAUUAGACACCCGAGUACACAGGCUUCUGUACCUGGAAGUGAAAUGCCCGGGUCUUAGGGUAGAGUCAGCUUUCCGUCCCUGCUGACACGUUUCAAAGUACUUUAUCUGUUUGUGUUCUGCACAGGUGGGUUUUUAGUUCCUGUGGGAUGCCUGUGGGUCCCUCACGUGGCCACACCACCAGCACGUCGUGGGUACACAACAGCACCUUGCUGGGUCUGGGGUACAUGUUCCUCUUCGCUAAGCAUGUCGGACACGUCUCCCCGGCCAGACCUGAUGUGUGCCACGGGCAGACGUGUCCG